AUCGUGUUUGACGCCGAUGUAUGUCUGAUGAGGUCUGUCUCUGAAAGAGAGAGGCGACAGAGAUGACAGAUUGAAGAAAGGACGCGGAAUUUGACGUCUGGAUCGCCAAAUCUCCUUCUCCAUUUCGAUUUCCUUCCGCAAACUUCUACUGUUCUUUCUCAAUUCUUGCCAUUUCCGCCUUCCAUUGCUCCUCCACCGGACCUUCCCUCCAUUUUCACUUCAUCUUCCCUACUUUUCCCUUAAUUCGAACAGCAUCUUAUAGCCCCCAUCGUUCCCUGUCAAUGACGCGGCAAUCCCCCUUUUCACCUCCCCAGAUCUGACCCUUCUGAAUUGCCAUAUCUGCUACCUGCUUUUAUGGGGGUUAUCUUCUUUUAGCUCUACCCGGAUCUCGUGUUGGAUUUAAGGACGGCAAACUGGAAAUGGAACUGUCUUCUUCUGUCAAUUCUCCCGAAAUCCACCGGGAUCCUUCUCCGACGGGUAAAGAAUGCCAAGAUUUUCGUUUGCUUACUGUGUCGUCACAACCCUCUGAUUUUCGGAUCGAACCUGACAAUCGGUUCCACUCUAUGAGCGCACUGGAGAUCUUGAGAGAAACCGUUCGGAUUCUUCGCUUUAAUUCUACUGCGUUUGUGGUUGUUGCUAUUUUGCUCAUUUGCCCCGUUUCCGCUGUGUUUCUAUCCAAUGUGUUAGUUGAUGAGUCGAUUGUCAAGAUGCUCACUAUUCGAUUGGUAUUAAUUGCCAAGUCCAGUGGACUCCCAUUGAUACCUAUCAUCGAACAUUCAUGCCAGAGAUUUGCAGAGUCGAUUCUUGCCUCGGCUAUGUGCUUUCCUUUGUUCGUUUCUCUUUCUUUGGUAUCAAAAGCGGCCGUCGUUCAUACGGUGGACUGUACAUAUGCAAAAAAAAGGUUCGAAGCGAGCCAGUUUUUUGCUAUAGUUCGUAAUAUAUGGAAUCGUCUUCUCCUCACGUAUGCUUCGGCGUGUCUUGCGAUUGUUGGUUGUCUUACCUUGUUCUUGGUCCUGCUUGGUGCCGUUUGCAGUACUCUUUACGCACUAGCGUUUUCGCCUGAUCUAAUUUUAUUUGCUGCCGUGAUCGUAGGGCUUAUCUUCUCUGUUAUUUUUGCUAAUGCUGUUAUCAUCUGCAACAUAUCCAUUGUUAUCUGUGUGUUGGAAGACAUUGCAGGACCUGGGGCAUUGCUUCGAUCGUGUGUUGUUAUUAGGGGUCAGACUCAAGUGGGUCUUUUGAUAUUUCUGGUAUCUACAAUCGGGACUGUGUUUGUGGAGGGCCUGUUUGAGCAUAGGGUUAAGACGCUGAGCUAUGGAGAUGGGUCGUCCAGGAUAUGGGAAGGCCCUCUUUUGGUGGUUAUGUAUUCAUUUGUUGUUCUUACUGAUUCAAUGAUGAAUGCAGUUUUUUACUUCAGCUGCAGAUCUUCAAGUAUGGCGAUAUCAAAUGGUGAACAAGAUUCAACUUUGGAUAUGCCAGUUUCUGAUGAAUCAACCGGUAUUCUUUGAUUUUAUAGCUUCAUAGAUUGAUUAGACACACGUCUUCCAUUGUGUUGAUGGAUACUUCAUAGAAAUGGAUAUAUAUUGCUACAUUGAUCAGCCUAAGAUGUGAAGAAUCACAGAAAUGCUUGGAAAACUUUGGUUGAUUAGUUUUCUAGUGCUAGAGGCAUACUCGGUGACUAUUUAUAGAAUGUAAAACAACCAUUUGGUGGUAUGAGAAACGAUGUUAUGCAGUAGAUAGUUGAAGAGAAGUAGUGACCAACUUAGGAUGUUCAUUUGGAAAAACGCAUUAAGAUCCCAAUGAAGAUGUGGGAUUUUGGCGAAAUGUGCAUUAGAGGCCGCCGUUUAUGUGUUCUAUGAUAUGAUAUUUUUCAUUUUGG